AUGUUCUCACAUCGGACGAGCGCUGGAGCUCUGCGCGGUCUGGCUAGACCGCAAGCCAGAUGUCCCCGGUGGCAAUGCAGCUCAUCAAGCAGGGCUUCAUUCGCAUCAUCUAGUACAGCACACGCACAAUCCAGCCACUCCUUUGCCACCGCGGGCACUCGCCAGCGUCUGGCAUGGGGAGCGGGUCUAGCUGGGAUAGGCGCAAGCCUGUAUGGAUACAAUCUCCAUCUCUCCUCCAGUCAUUCCAACGCGCUCUCUUUGGACUCGGAUUCCUUGCCUAACACGGCUCCCUUGGCUGCCAAGAGAGCGAGUUACUCGGACAGGAUCAAGGCGCACAAGGGUGGACCGAUCGAGAUCAUCAGGGCUCGGGAAAGGCAGGAGGAUAUUGAGCAAGAACACGACGUCGAAAACUCCGCCGAGAGCCACAGUGGUGAGUUAGCAGUGCUCGGACCGCACCGUUCGUCUACAACAGAGUCAGCUUCGCUUCUGUCACCUCACAAGGAGCACGCAAUUGACGGGACGCAUGCCAUUCCGCUCACAGCCAACUUUGCCAAUCUGGAAGAGGAGGCGGCUGCAGAAUCGGGUCAGGAAGGAGCUUUCGAUCCGGUCACGGGCAAGCUGAAUUGGGACUGCCCUUGCUUGGGAGGCAUGGCUUAUGGCCCGUGCGGAGAGCAAGUGAGUCAUGCACGAUUUCAUAUCCAUUCCUGAGAUUCGGUGGCUGACAUUGCGGGGUGUCGCAUAUCUCCAGUUCAAGAAGUCGUUCUCGUGCUUCGUCUUCUCUGAGACAGAACCGAAAGGCAAAGACUGCAUCGAGUGAGUGUUGCCCGAGUGCACUUCAAGAAGCGUCGGUCGCACGCUUAGAGACGAUUGCUUUUUUUUCUUCGGCGUGAUCAGCUCGUUCGUCGAGAUGCAAGCUUGCUUCCGCGAACAUCCAGAGGUGUAUGCUGAAGAGUUGAAGGAUGACGAGUGGGAUGAGGCGCAGGAAGCGAGCGGGGCUGCGGGAGGGGGUGCGGGUGCGGGUGCGGUCUUAGAUAAUGACUCUGGAACGGCCGAGGGAGCUUCGGCUACGGCAUGA